CAUUUUUUGUGAGAAUAGCGAUUAUCUUCGUUUUUUUCAUUAUUCCCUCCUUAAAACCAACUCCUGACUUCUAGCACCAAGUGACCAACUCCUUUACUCUUUGGCCAUUAUCCAACAACAAAGCUAAUCUUUGAGCAAAACCCAACACUAGUCUCUACUACUCUCUUUACUUUUUGGUUCAUAUGCUGUUGUGAUUUACAAACAAUGAAUGUCCGAAUGCUUUGCGAAAAGCAUUUGCUGUCAAAGGAUGCACCAUGGAGUCAAUUUGAUGUUUUCAAAAGAAAUAAAUUUAAUGAAACGCUUUUGCAUCCACGUGGAAGCAUUGGUUUCAAGAAACUUAUAGAGGAUACCAAAUUUGCAAACGAUUUUGUAAAACUUUUCAAUGAAUACUUUGGUGCCAAUCUAUGUUCCAGCUUUGUUAAAACUCGGGUGUAUCCGCAAAUGGCCUUGGCUGUGUUUUUAACGAAAGAUAACAACAUUAUAGCGAUCGAUUUUCGUGAGGAAUUCAGCACGAAAGACCUUCUAAUUUAUAAUUCAGGUCAAUGUUCUUCAAUUGUGUUAAACACAGCAAUUAAUUUCGGAGUGGAUGAACAACUAACGUUGGCUAUAGAAGAUAAAAAAAAUGGAUUAAAAAGAUUGAAAACCUUCAGAUCAUCCCACAAGAUUCAAUUGAAUUUCAUUAACAAAGAAAAAUUAGUGGAUACAAAUCAUGCUUUCUAUAAAUUGGUGAAUGCUGUUUGCCACCCAGAACAUUUUCUCAGCGACCAAUUGGAUGCAAAUUAUUCUGGACCACUAUUUACUUAUAUGAAAGAAAAUUUACAUAUUUCCAAGUGUUGGAUUCAGCUUUUGGAUGAACAAAAAUUAGAAAUGAAAAAAAACGAAAAACAUUAUCAAUCAAUGGUACUUAUUGGCGAAUAUAAAAAUUUCAUUUGAAGCUAGUUUUUUAAUACUCAAUUUAAUUUUUACAACCUUACAACAAUUUGAUGAAAUUCAAAUUUGAAAAUUGAAAAAAUGACCGACUACUUGGGAAUCCUGAGUGUAACUUCAAAUCCCAAAUUUUUUAAAAACUUAAUUAGGAAAACUAGUAAAUUUAAAUUCUUGAAUAAAAAUUAAAUUGUUUA